AUGAGGUUAAACUGCAGCUGGAUCGGGCCGGAGAUUCCUCUGUCCUCGGAGAUCUUCAGCGCGAUCAAAGAUGAGCUGUGGUUGUUCCUGAUCCCGGCCGGUCUGGCUCUGAUCACACUCGCUCUGUUUCUGGAGGAGGUCGGUUUCUUCCUGCGUAAAGUCCAGUCUCCCCGGCGACGACAGUUGUCCCUCUGGAUCCUGGGCAUGUACCCGGUCUUCGCUCUGUCGUCUCUGGUGGCUCUGUACGUCCCUCGCUCCUCGUCCCUCUGUAACUUCCUGGCUUCACUGUACCACUCCUUCACACUCCUGAAGUUCAUGGGGCUGAUCACAGACCUGUUUGGAGGUCUGGACACCAUGAUGCACGUUCUCUCUGGACAGACCGUCUCCCCGGACCCUUUCCCCUGCUGCUGCUGCUGCUGCCUCCCCCUGGUGGCCGUCAACAGGAGCAGUCGUGCGUGGAUGAUGGCCGCCGUCCUGCAGUUGUCUGUUGUGCGCAGUCUUCUGUUCUUUGUGACUCUGGUGCUGUGGACGGACGAGCGCUACGACUACGGCGACAUGGACUCCGUGAACCCAAACCUGUACGUGAACGCCAUCAUCGGAGUGUCCACGCUGCUGUCGUUCUACGGGCACCUGCUCUUCUACAAGGCCACGCGGCGGGCGCUGCCGGGCUACGGGCUCCGCGCCAAGUUCAGCUGCAUCAUCGUCGUGUUGGGGCUGUGCGGGCUCCAGAGCGGCAUCCUGGAGACCAUGGGCGCUCUGCGGGUCAUCCCCUGCACACCGCCCUUCUCUGUGCUCGCCCGCUCACAGUUGAUCUAUCACUACUGUGUGAUCGUGGAGAUGUUCUGCAUCAGUCUGUACGCCCGCCACACCUUCAGGAAAGUGGAGCCCAGCCUGAACGACGACCCGGAGGAAGACGAGGAGGCUCCACGUGUGAGGAAGCACGAGGAGAAGGCCGUGCAGACGCAGAGCAGGAGCCAGAGCUGGGGCCUCAGGAGGGACAGGGGCAGGGGCAGGGACAGGGGCGAGGGCAGGGGCACUGGAGUAGAGGAUGAUGGCAGGGACCAGGACAGGGACCAGAAGAGGGACCAGGACAGGGACCAGGACAGGGACCAGAAGAGGGACCAGAAGAGGGACCAGAAGAGGGACCAGGACAGGGACCAGGACAGGGACCAGGACAGGGACCAGGACAGGGGCGGUGGAGCAGAGGAGGACAGGCGCGGCAGUGGGGACAGUCUGUGCAGGAUCGAGUACGCACCACUGGAGACGUUCAACUUCCCAAAGCUCAGCCCCAAACCCAGAGAAGAGAGCAGCUCUGUGGAGAUGAGACAGGAGACCAACUCUGUCACUGUAGUAUGA